AUGGCCUUCACAACUCAUCAGGGGCAUUUUCAGUUCAGGGUGUUGCCGUAUGGUGUCACCGGAGGCCCUAGCACAUUUCAAUCGAUAGUGACGAUUGUGUUGUCCCCUCUACUUCGCCACGGCGUCCUCGUCUUCAUGGAUGACAUACUGGUGCACUCCGCGACACUAAGGAAACACAUACAGCUGCUGCGCCAAGUGUUACAACUCUUGAGAGAUAAUGAACUAGUGGCAAAACGCUCCAAAUGCUCGUUCGCACAAAAGCAAAUCACCUACUUGGGCCACCAGAUCAGCGAACAAGGAGUGGCCACUAUGACGGAGCAUGUUCAGACGGUGCAGGAUUGCAAGCAGCCUGCAAAUGUCAAAGAGCUGCGGGGGUUCUUAGGACUGUCAGGCUAUUACAGGACGUUUGUCAGAAAUUUUGGGUUGAUCAGCCGACCGCUCACCGACCUGCUCAAAAAGAAUUCAGUGUUCGUGUGGACUCCAACAGCCGAAGCGUCAUUUCAGGCUCUAAAAAAAGCGUUGGUCACUGCGCCUGUUCUCGCGCUGCCAGAUUUCUCGAAGCAAUUCGUAGUGGAAACGGAUGCCAGUGCAACAGGGAUUGGCGCGGUGCUGAUGCAGGCGGGACACCCUGUCGCUUACUUGAGCAAGAGCCUGGUGUUGGGAAUCGUAGCAUAA